UGCUUGACACCACAACACAAGCCUCUCUACAAUGCCACCGCACUCUUCCUCUUGCAUAAGAGCGCCACAGCGAAGCCUACAGACCGAUCACCUUUUAGUGUGUCUGGCGUCCGUGGUGAACCCACUGCGUACAUAUACUCCCGUCCUUCAGCUGCCUUCCAUCAACCAGUCCCGGCAACGGCGACAUGAUGGAGAGCGCUUUGCCAUAUCUUGUGGCUAGCGGGUGCAUCGCUGUCGCCUUCCUCGUGUUGCGCGCGGAUCCGUUGCGGGAUUUCCCAGGUCCUUUUCUUGCCCGUUGGUCUCCUCUUUGGAUGAUAUAUCACUCACAGAAUGGCGACAUGCACCGAACAAUGAUUGACCUCCACGAGCGAUAUGGACCCGUCGUUCGCACUGGGCCGAAAGAACUGAGUAUUUCCGAUUCCGGGGCUGUGAAGCUCAUCUACGGCGCAGGCUCCAAGUUCCGGAAAAGCGAUUGGUAUAGCGUCUGGCAAGGUCAGCGAAAAUUCGACCUCUUCGCGGAGCGCGAUGAGUCUAUCCAUCGUGCCCAGCGACGAUUGAUGAGCAAUAUCUACUCAAUGGAUACUCUCAAGAAGCUUGAGCCGUACGUGGACGAGGUGCUCAAGGUGCUGUUUUCAAGGUUAUCUGCUUUGGGAUCAGAGCCCGUCAAUAUGGGACUCUGGGCGCAACUCUUUGCAUUCGAUGUCGUUGGAGAAGUCACAUUCUCGAGGCGUUUCGGCUUUCUGGAUGUUGGAAAAGACGACGGCUCCUUUGGCCAAAUCGACAUUGCUCUAAAGUCCGCUGCUUGGAUCGGUCAGGUUCCCUGGCUGUUUGGGCUUCACGACUCCCUAUCUCCUCUCAUUGGAAACUGGCUCGGCAUUGGUGCUCGCCACGGGAGUCUUCGAAAAAUUGCUGCAGAUGAAAUCGAGAAGCGCAAGGAACGGGGAAGCGAUCAUCACGACAUCCUACAAAUGCUCAUGGACGUGCACCGCGAGAAGCCGCAAGAGAUGAAUGAUAUGGCUGUGCUCUCCAUGGCUACCAGUAAUAUAUUUGCAGGAAGCGACACGACCGCAAUAUCCAUCGGAGCUGUGCUUUACAACCUCUGCAAAUACCCAGAUUGCAAAGCGAAGCUGAUGGCGGAGAUUGACCCCAUCGUGCAAAUGAGCCGUGUCGACCAUGUUGUCUCACUUGCUGCGACUGAAAAGAUGCCGUACUUGCAAGCGUGCAUCCACGAAGCUCUUCGCCUACACCCAGCUGUAGGUAUGUCUCUCCCAAGGGUCGUCCCACCAGGAGGUAUGGAAACAAGUGGAAAGUAUAUCCCUGCUGGGACCGUUGUGGGCACGAAUCCUUGGGUGCUACACAGAAAUAAAAACAUCUUCGGGAACGACGCCGAUGUCUUCCGCCCAGAACGAUGGCUGGGAGAGGAUCGAGGCGCCUUAGAACGCUUCUUCUUUGCAUUUGGCGCCGGAUCGCGGGUCUGCAUUGGUAGGAACCUCGGCUGGAUAGAGAUAUCAAAGCUUGUUCCGUCACUAUUGUUACGCUUUGAUAUACAGCUUGCCGAUGGUCAAACGCCUCUCAAGGAGAAUUGCUGGUGGUUUGUGAAGCAAAAAGGCCUGCAUAUGACCUUGCGGCCGAAAGAGACAUAGGACACAGUGAUUAUUGUCCCGUGUAAUGGGGACUAGCUUCGGACAUUCAGGUCUAUAGUCAAGUCGCUCAUGGAGCUUCUUCAUACAUGCAAUUCAUCACUUCUACCCCCCCUCAGAAUGUGCUACUUCUUUCCACUGUAACGCUCGAUAAUGGUGGCGAAGACGGGCGCUGGCAUAAAGGGCGCUCACAUCAUAAAAGUUUCAAUACUACGUUAUUACAACGUCC